AUGUACAUGGUUGUGAUCGUGUUAAAGGAAUGGCCUUGGAUCCAUGACCUUAAAAAAACUCGACAAGGACAAAAUGCAACUGAAUCUUUAAUCAAACAAAUUCCAAGAUUAUCAAGACCUGGAUUACUUUCAUGGAACUAUAAAACUUAUGAUUAUUUAAAAAAAAACAUGCACAAUUAUGAUACUGAAAGGUGUGAUGUUUAA